AUGUGUAACCUACUCCUAUCGUGGGCCUUCCUGCUGGUAGCCUCCGGCCCGCUAUUGGCCCAUCCCAUCACAGACUCUGCAGAGAUGCCCUACCUGGGUCCUGGUGAGUACCAGAUCCUCCACCCUUAGAAACAUACUCCUCAACAGGCCAAGCUGCUGGGAAAGGCUGUUGUAGUAUGAGGUUAUUAGGCAGGGUAGUUCAAUAGUCACAGAUGUAAUUAAGGCCUGUGUGAGUCUUAAUUACAUUUCAAUCUUGAGGAUAAAUAACAAACAUAUUGCAAUCAGUGACCUUCUGUUCUGGUAUAAUUGCUUUGAGACCUAGUUCAUCUGUCAAAGUGUGAUUGUUUCUGAGAACUGAAGCAGUGUUAAUAUUGAAUGUGUAAUGUGCAGUUUGAUUAUGGUGACAAUGUUCCAUACAGUUAAUGCCAUCAAAGUGUAGCUGCUACUUAAAUUAUUUCUCAUUAAUCCCCAUGGCUGGAUUAACAUAAACACAAUUGUAAAUGUAUCAUUGAAUAUUCAGUUAAGAUAGUGACGAGCGAGAGUGAAGAGUGUAUUUCUAGACUAGGUUGCUGUGUGUUGACUGUGUUUUCACUGUGUUCAGUAUUCGUGGAGGAUGGAGGAGCAGGUAGUCCAGACGAGCUGUCUUUCUCUGAGCAGACAUAUCUUCCCCAAGCUGGCCCUGGACUCAGAUACUCAUCCCUACUGUCUGGAGAUCUCAGCAGAGACGGUGAGAUCACACAAACUAGUUGGUAUUGUGCCUAAACAGUUACACCAUAAAUAUAUAGACUGUCAUAAUUCAAUUCAAGAGAAGUAUCACAACAUAUCCUCUCUCACCCUUUGUCUCUCUUAGGUCUCAGUGCAGCUGGACUACUGGCAAGACAGAUGAAGAGAGAUGUGAGUUUUUAAACUGAAAGAUGACAAGGAGCAUAUAUUGAGCUACUAUCACAUUCUGUUUUGGGAGUACCGGUUUCAUGAAGCAUGAAUUACUAUAGCGGUAAUUCUUCUCUGUUUCAGGUGUUGUUGGAGAAACAGAGUCACCUCAACCCCUUCAGCCACUUGUUUGGCAUCAGGAAGCAGUCCAGGAAAAGAGGAGGCACCUCAGAGUGUUUCUGGAAGUACUGUGUCUAA